AUGUAUUCUUCUGCCUUCUUAUUGCCACCUGAUAUUUCAGUAGAGAAUGUUCUUUUCUUUUUCUUCUUCUUUGAAAGAAAAUUUUUUCUUCUUUUUUAUUUUCUUCUUCUUCUUUUCUUCUUCUUUUUCUUCUUCUUUUUUUCCUAUCUUCUUCUUCUUCUUGUUUUCUUUCUUCUUCUUAAAUUCUUUUCUUCUUUCUUCUUCUUCUUUUUCUGUUUCUUUUUUCUUUUUUUUUUUUUCUUCUUUUUUCUUCUUCUUCUUUUUCUUCUUCUUUUUUUUAAUUUCUUCUUUUCUUUUCUUCUUUCUUCUUUCUUUUCUUCUUUUCUUCUUCUUUUCUUUCUUCUUCUUCUUCUUCUUUUCUUUUCUUUUAUCUUCUUCUUCUUCUUUUUCUUUUUUUCUUUUUUUCUUCUUCUUCAAAUUUUCUUCUUGAUUUUCUUCUUCUUUUUUUCUUCUUCUUUUUUCUUUUUUCUUCUUCUUCUUUUUUCUUCUUUUUUCUUUCUUCUUCUUUUUUUUUUUUUUCUUCUUCUUUUCUUAAUUUUUUUUUUGAAAAUUUUUUUUCUUUUUCUUCUUUGUAAUUCUUUCUUCUUCUUCUCUCUUCUUCUUCUUCUUUUUCUUGUUAUAAUAAUUCUUUUUUUUUUCAUUAUUGGGUUUCUUCUAGAAAAAAUAAUUAUUUUUCUUCUUGUUUUUCUUGUUUUUCUUUUUUUUUUCAAAUUUUCUUCUUUUUUCUUUUCUUCUUCAAUUUCUUCUUUAAAAAAAAAGAAAAUAAUUUCUUCUUUUUGUUUUUCUUAA